AUGAGUGUAAAUGAACAGUUAACAACAAGUGUUUUCCCGCUUAGUACGUACGAUAAAAAAUAUGCAGAAUUUGUAAAUAAAGUAUUAAAAGAAUCAGCUGACAGUUUCGAAAAAGAAAAAAAAUUUUUAGAUAAUGUACUGUUAAAUCUGUACAAUGUAUUUGGUGGUAUAUUUGAAAGAGCAUUAGAGUUAUAUGAACAAGGACGUAUAACAUAUAUCUUUGCUUCUGAAAGUGCCGGUGUUGCACCUUACAGUAACAGAAAUAAUGCCAGAUAUUUAGUACAAGUUAAGGGAUUAUCAGGAGCAAUAUACACGUUUUUUCCAGAUAUAAAUUAUUGUAUUUGUGCUUCCUUUAGGUGUCAAGUGUUAAACAAUAAAUCUCUAUUCACUUGCAAACAUGUUUUAGCAGUUUGGUUAGCUUCAGUUACAAAGGAAAAGGUGUCCUAUCAAUAUAUAACAGAGAAACAAUUGCAAAAUUUGUUAUUGUAUCAAACAAAUGCUACAUGUUUUGGAACUGAUAAUGGUUUAAAAGUAACAGUGGAAGAUGCAAAAUGUAUGCAAGCUAGCGCUUAUAUUCCAAUUCGUGUAUUUCAAGUGUUUAAUUUAAAGGAGGAUGGUAAUGGACAUCCUGUAACAGUUCUAAUAGAAGAAAAUGGUAUUAUAACGGACUGUUCUUUAAAAACUCAAGAUCCAGAUGAGUUAUUAGAUUUUCAUCUUGAACCAGAAAAUGUUUUAAACAAAGUAGUUCUUCAAACUGAAUUAUUAAAGGAUGUCUUAUCAGAACUUGAUUCUACUAGCGAGUUGAUCAAUUUGCUUUUGUCUCCUUCUCCACCCUUUUUUCGUAUUAGUACAGCUGGUUUAGCUGGACUUUGUCAUAUAGAAUUACCUCACGAUGGCGAAUUGGUCGAUAACUUUCAAUGUACUUCAAAAGCUAUAUCCAGUUAUAAACUUUCACAUAUUAAACCAGCCAUGAAAGCAUUAUCGUGUGCAAAUAAAGUUUCUUUGAGGACUGAUACAUGUGGACUAUUGUGUUUCCAAUACAUGGUUAAAACUGAGGAAACUCAUAUUUGUUACAUAGAGUAUUAUAUUUCUCCCGUGAUAGACGAAGAUGAAUAACUUUAUUUAUUAUGAUAAGGAAAUAGCGGG